AUGUGUGAUAAAUAUGCAGUUACUAGAGUAAAAGAGGUUCCGUGCAGGUUAUGUGUUUACAAUAAUGUAAAAAAAGGAAAUAGACCAAAUGGGGAAUGUUAAAAACUCCCUGAUGGAUAGAUCUAUAAUGUUUGGGGUCAAAUAGUAGGAUGCGAUUCUUCAAAAUGUAAGUGCGAUAAUGACAAUAUGAUUUGUAAUGAGUGUUUAGAUUCUUCUUACUUUAUUUAUCCUGAUUUUUAAACUUGUGAACCUAUAUGCAGAUAAGGACGGUGGGCAAAAGGAAGGAUUUGCUUAAAAUGCAAUCCUGAUGGCUAUUAUAUGAAUGAUUCUGAUAAUAUAUGUAUGGAGUGUAAUAAAUUCCCAAAUUGCAAUGAAUGUUCUUCUGUUAAAUGUGAAAAGUGUUAAGAUGGAUUUGGUUUUAACUUUUUCUCCUAAAAAAAUUGUAUUUAAUGUUCAAACGGAUAUGUUAAAAUUGGAGAUUUUUGUGUCAAAUAACCAAAGGGCUGCAAAAAAAUAAGUUUAAAUAUGGAAUAAAAUGCAAUUGUCUGUGAUGAAUGCUAAGAAGCUGAUAUGAUCAAGAUAAACGAUGGAUCUUGCGAGAAAUGUAGUCCAAGUACUUACUACGAUUCAAAAAGUCAAUCUUGUAAAAGUUGUAGUCUUAAGAAUUGUGAAUAUUGCCCUCAAAAUAAAUGCUAAUCAUGUGCAAAAGAUUUAGAGCUAAUCGAUGGAUAAUGUUAAUAACCACUCUCAAAUUGUGCAAAAACUUCAAAAGAUAGGAAGUAUGUUGAUUAAGGAGUAUGUAAAGUUUGUCCAGAUCAAAAUUACUACAACGAGGAUUGUACAAAUUUCAAUAAUUUUUGUGGGUAGUGCUUACCUUGCUAACUUGAAAAUUAAACAUAAUUUAUAGACAGUGGUGGUAAUUGCCUAAAUUGUGGUCCUUCUUGUAAAACAUGCAAAAAUCAAAGUAAUUGUAUUGAGUGUUUACAACCUGGACUUAAACCAAAUAAGGAUGGUAUUUGCAAAUGUGAAGAUAUAACUAAAUGUUUAUUUUGUGAUGAUGAAUGGGGCUGUUUUAAGUGCCCAGAAGAUGCAAUUUAUGACAAAUAUAGUAAAGGGUGCGAACGCGGUAAAAAGCCUUGCAGUAAAACAUUUAAAUCAAAAAAAGAUAAAAAUGGAAACUUGAAUUGUUACUGUUAAAGCUAAAAUUGUAAAUAUUGUAAUUAUGAGGAUGGAAAUUCAUGCCUAAUAUGCAACUAUAAUUUUGAGCUUAAAAAUGGUCAAUGUAUAUAAUGCCCUGUUGGAUAUUAAUACGAUAAGUUUAACUAGAAAUGCGUUUGUGCAGUAAAUAAUUGUAAUUAGUGCUCGCAAAACAAUGGUCUUAUAUGUGAUAAAUGCAAAGACUAAUAUGAGUUAACUGAAGAAGGAUUCUGUAAAGCAUGCUCAUAAAAUUAUAUUUAUGACUCAGAUAAAUAAAAAUGCAUAUGCUAAGAUAAAAAUUGUAUUUAAUGCUCAAAAAAUGAUGGAAGCAUAUGUCUUAAUUGUGCUCCUAAUUUUUAACUAGACAUAUCUACUUCAGUUUGUAAAGAAUAACCAGAUUGUAAAGUAUAAUACUGUUUUAUUUGCUAAAAUAAUUCAACAAGUGUUUGUUAAACUUGUUAAGAAGGCUUUAAAUUAGAUAAUACAGGUUAAAAUUGUAUUAUUGCACUUGAAAAUUGUUUAGAAUUAGAAGAGGGUAAUAAAUCUAAAUGCAAAGUUUGUAUUGAUAGCUUUAUACCAAAUCUUCAAGGUAAAUGCAAAUGCCUUUUUGAUAAUUGUAAAAACUGCACCAUAAAUAAUAAAAUUUGUAGUUAAUGUGAGGAAGGAUACUCCUGGUAAGAUAAUUAAUGUAAAUGCAGUAUCCCUAAUUGCUUAUCUUGUGAUAUCAGUCCAAAUUAUGGAAAGUGUUAGAAAUGUUUAAACAACUAUAAGCUUAUAUCAAAUAUAAAUUGCAUCUGCUCUGAUGAAAAUUGCAAAAUUUGCAGUCCUACUGAUGGAUCAAUUUGUCAAUAAUGCCAAAGCGGUUACAUUCUCGAUCAAACAACAAAAAAAUGUAAUUAAUGCUAAAUAUCUAAUUGCCUAUAAUGCUAAAAUAAUGAUGGUAAUAAAUGCGAAGUUUGUUAAGAUGGAUAUGAAAUUGACUAAACAAAUUUUACAUGCAAAAUUAAAAUAUAGUUUUGUAUUGAAUUAAAUAUUUUAGAUAAAAGCAAGUGCGAAAAAUGUUAACAAAAUUACAUUUAAUCUGUUGAUAAGACUAAGUGUGAAUGCUAAUUCUAAAAUUGUUAAUCUUGCUAAGUAGUAAAUUCAAAAUGUGCUUAAUGCGAAAACGGAUUUACUUGGAGUGACUUGAAAGUUAAUUGCGAUUGUAAUUUAAACAACUGCUCAGAAUGUUAAACAAAACCUUACGGAACAUGUAAAACUUGCAAUAAUGGAUAUCUUAUGACUAAAGAAGGUAAAUGCGAGUGUAGCGUAUAAAAUUGCUAAUAAUGUAAUAAAGAUGAUGGUAAAGUUUGUGAUAAUUGCAUUGAAAAAUAUGUUUUAGAUUUAAAUAAAUCUUAGUGUAAUCUCUGUUCUGUUGAUAAUUGCUUGAAAUGUAAAAAUUAUUAACCAAAUUAAUGUCAAAUAUGUGAAGAAGGGUAUGAAAUAGAUACAAAUAGCUUAACUUGCAAGAUUAAGAUUAAAUUUUGUGUUGAAUUGAACGCUUCAGAUAAAAGUAAGUGUGAAAAAUGUUAACAGAAUUACAUUCAAUCUACUGAUAAGAGCACCUGUGAAUGUAAGUUCUCAGAUUGUAAUUCUUGCUAAGUAGAAAAUUUAAAAUGCAUUUAAUGUGAAAAUGGGUUCAUUUGGAACAAUUUAAAAAGUUAGUGUGAAUGUAAUUUAAAUAACUGUUAAGAGUGCUAGACUAGUCCUUAUGGAAUAUGCAAAGCUUGCAGGAAUGGAUAUCUUAUGACUAAAGAAGGAAAAUGUGAAUGCAGUGUCCUUAAUUGCUAGUAAUGUAAUAAAGAUGAUGGUAAAAUUUGUGAUAAAUGUAUCGAAAAAUAUGUUUUAGAUUCAAGUAAAUCUUUGUGCAACCUUUGCUCCGUAAAUAAUUGCUUAACUUGUAAAGAUAGUUAGCCUUCUAAAUGUGAACUAUGCGAAAAUGGUUACAAAAAAGAUUCAAAUGAAUAAUGCUAAAUAAAUAUAGAUAAAUGUAUUAAGUUGAACAAGAGCGAUUACACUGUUUGUGACUAAUGUGAAAGUAACUAUUAGUUUAAUUCAAUAUCAAAACAAUGUGAAUGUAAGGUAUAAAACUGCUUUUAGUGUCAAAUAGAUAGCAUAACAAAUAUUUGUAAAUAAUGUUAAGCUGGUUUUAUAUGGGAUAGUUCACAAAGUUAAUGCAUUUGCAAUAUUGUUAGCUGCCAAGAAUGCUCAACAGAAGAUUAUGGAGCUUGUAAAAAGUGCAAUGAAGGUUUCAUGUAGAAAGAUAGAGAUUAAUGCGUUUGCUCAAUAAGUAAUUGCGAAAAAUGUGAUCAAUUAAAUGGUAAUGUUUGUCUAGAAUGUGAAAAAGGAUUUGUUUAAAGCUAAACAAAAGAUCAAUGCAAAAAAUGUGAAGUUAUUAACUGUCUUGAGUGUGUUUCUUAGAAUGAGAAAUUUUGUAAGCAAUGCAAGUCUGGAUUUUCUAUUUAAAAUUCAGGAGCUGAAUGCAAGAUAGAGUUAUAAAACUGUAUUGAAUUAGACCCAAGUUCUCCUUAAAAAUGUAAAAAAUGUGAUAAAAACUAUGUUAUAGAUGAAAAUUUCAAUUGUAAAUGCUCUAUUGAUAACUGCAAAGAUUGUUAAAUUCAACCUGAUGGAACUUGCAGCUAAUGUUAGAAAGGUUUUAAGGCACAAUAAGACAAAUGCAUUUGUAAUAUUCCUAAUUGCAAGGAAUGUGAUACAUAGUAUUAUGGAAAAUGCUAAACUUGUAAAACAAAUUACUUGAAAUCUGCUAAUGGAGAAUCAUGUGAUUGCUAAGUAAGCAAUUGUUCUGUGUGCACAUAAGAUGAUGGUAAAAUAUGUGAUCAAUGUUAACCAGAUUUUAUAUUUAGAAAUAGUGAAAAAAAAGAAUGCUGGAAAUGCUAAGUAGAAAACUGUUCCAAAUGCUAACUUGAUAAUGCUAUGAUAUGUUAAUAGUGCAAAGACGGAUAUAAAUAAUUACUAAAAGAUCCUGCAUAGUGUGAAAUAGCCAUUAAAAAUUGUGUUUAACUGGAUACUACAGAUUCAUCAAAAUGCUAGAAAUGUUCAGACAAUUAUAAAGUAGAUGAAAACGGCUAAUGCACAUGCAAAAUUUAAUUUUGCAUUGAAUGUAACCUUUAAAAUUAAAGUGUUUGCUUGAAGUGCUAAGAUGGUUUCACUCAAAAAGCUCCUAACAGUAAUUGCGAAUGCAAUUUAGAAAAUUGCCUUGAAUGCGAUUAUGCUAUUUUUGGAACAUGUAAAUAAUGCAUUUAAGGAUAUUAAAUAAAUUCUAAUAAAAAUGGAUGCGAGUGCAAUGUUUAAAACUGUUCUUAAUGCAACCCUAAAAACGGAUAAUUAUGUGAUGUUUGUGAAUAAAAGCAUGUUUUAAAUGAAUAAAAAAAUAAAUGUGAAUUAUGCUAAGUUCAAAACUGUGAUAAAUGUAUAGAUGGAGAUAAAAACAAAUGUUAAUCUUGCAGCUCUGGAUUUAAGCUAAGUUAAUCUGGUCAAUGCGAAAUAGGAAUAGAAAAAUGUGUAGAAUUGAAUGCUACUGAAAAAAAUAAGUGCAACAAAUGUGAAGAAAACUACACAUUUAAUAAUGAUGCUUUCUAACCUAAGUGUAUUUGCUAAUGGGAAAAUUGUAAAAACUGUAAAGCAGAUCAAUAAGAUUCAGCUAAAUGUGAAACAUGUUAAGAAGGUCAUAUAUGGAAUUCUGUAUAGAAAAAAUGUGUUUGCAAUAUAUAAAAUUGCUCAAUUUGUAAUUAAAAUGACUAUGGCAAAUGUUCUUAGUGCAAAAAUAAUUUUAUUAUGUAGGACUCUAAUCGUUUAUGUUCCUGCUAAGCUUAAAAUUGUGAUAAGUGCUCAGAAGGCGAUGGUUAAAUUUGUGUAUAGUGUAAAGAAAACUAUAUCCUAGAUAAUUCUAGUUAAUAGUGUUUGAAAUGCUAAGUGAAUAAUUGCUAAGAAUGUUUAAAUAACAGUGCUUACAAGUGCAAAUAAUGUAAAAAGAGUUUCUAAAUUGAUUAAAAUGAUUAAUGCAUUGAAGAAAAAGCUGAAUGCAAAGUAGCAAACUGUGAAAAGUGUGAAAAUUAAAAUUAAAAUAAUUGCUCUUAAUGCAAAACAGGUUAUAAACCAAGCAUUUCGAAUGGAAUAAACACUUGUAUGCCAGCUAUAGAUAAUUGUAUUGAAUUAAACAAAAGCAAUAUAGCAAAAUGUGAAAAAUGUUCUCAGUAAUAUUAAUUAGACCCAUCUUAAAGCAAAUGUAUAUUAGAAUGUAAUUUAAAAAGAUGUAAAAAAUGCGACAACACAAAUAAUAAGAUUUGUAUUGAAUGCGAUGACAAUUUUAUUUUAGAUAAAUCAAAUAAUUCAUGUGAGCCUUGCAAAAUUGAAAACUGCAAAAUUUGUUCUCAAAAAUAACUUGGCUCAUGUCAAGAAUGUGAAUUAGGUUUCACAUUAUUUGCAGAUUAAAACAAUAAAAAUCUUUGUAAAUAAAUUAAGUAGUAAUAAACUUUUACUCUUAAGUAGAAUUGCACUUCGAAAGGCUAUCAAAUUUAUAUUAACUUUGAAAAAGAGAUUUAAUUCUUAAAUUCCAACCCUACACACUCAGAGCUUAGCUAAAUAUUCAAUUUCACUAUUGGUAGUAAAUAGAAUUUUACUUAUACUUACUCUGUCAGAUCUAAAAAUGAAAUUUUGCUUGAAAUUGAAACUGAAGAAGAUUGGAUAAAAGAAACCUUGUAACUAUAGGUGCAAGACAACUAAUUUAUAGAGAAUAAUAAGCUAAGCAAGUAAAAUGACUCAGUCGAUCUUAUAAACAACAAAAAGAAAGAUGAUAAUACCAGUACAAACGGUACAAAAGAAGCAGUUAAAGCAAUCAAUAAGGUAGCUUAGAGUGCUGCUUUUCCAUUGGCAUUGUUUGGAGAUUUUUUCAAAGUAUUUUCAAUAGUCGAUGUGACCAACUAUAUUUACUUCCUUUUUUAUGUUAAUGUUGAUCACCCUUACAACAUACAAGAAUUCAGUAAGCUUUUUGGAAGUUUCUAAUUCUAAUAUAUUCCUAACUACAUAAUGCCAAAUUUUGAUAAUGACCACAUUAUUAAAUCUCCUGAAAAAUUUAUGAACAACAAUAUUGAUUCAUUUUUCCUAAAAAAUUCGUCUCACUCCUACUCAUUUUUAAUUAUAUUCCUUUGCGUUUAUAUUUUCUUUAAGGUUAUUUCAUUGCUUCCUCUUGGCAGAGUAUAAAAUAUAGUGAAAAGAAGUAUAAAAUAAGAAUGGGAGUUCAAUUCUUUCAUUUAUGCAGCUUGGAUUGUCUUUACUUAUCUCUCUGUUGCUUGUACUCUUCAAGUCAGAUCAUAUAAAAUGAUUGACGAUCUUUCAAGAGCUAGUUAUUCAUUUUUUAUUAUUACUUCUAUUGUCUUAUUGUCUCUGCCAUUUAUUUUCUUUUAUCUAAUUUUCAGUAGACACUAAGAUCUUUAAUUACCCAGAAAUUAAAGAAAAAGAAGAAUUGCUUUCUCCUGUAUAGUAAGAGGCCUCAAAAUUAAUACGAGCAAUACUAUUUACCCUGAGACUGUGAUUCCUUAAUCACUACCCUAAUAAGAUCCUCAAUCAUUAAAAGAUCUAGAUUUAAAAUCUGAAAAACCUUCAUCCCUUGUAAUUGAUGGAGCUAAGUCUUCUCAACUUUUAGAUUACGUAUCAGUAGAUAGCACAGAAAAUAAAAUGUCGUAGAGUGAACUAGAUGAGAAAUAAAGAAUAAAAUCUCUUUAUAACCCUUUGUGUAAGUAUACAAAUGUUCUUCUUUUUAUAAGAAAGAUUAUGUUUUCAUUAAUAAUCGUGAUGCUCCAUGACUAAACUUAUGUGCAAAUAUCUUUGCUUUCCACUCUAAAUGUUUUGUUAGCAUUAUUCUUUGUAAUUUGUAAGCCUUACAUACGCAAAAUCGAUAACAUCAAUCACUUUUUAACUGAAAUAUUUUUGUUAAUCCUAUAAGUAAUUUCGGCAUAUUUAAAAAACUACCCUGAUUCACAGUCUAGUGAUGAUAGAAUUAAAUUAGGCUGGGUUUAUGUUGCUAUCUGCUUGUUAUUAUUAUUAAUGCAUAGUUUAAUAUUAAUAAUCGAUACAGCUAAAUCAGCAAUUAGAUUUAUUAAAAACCUAAAAAAAUCAUCCAAAAUAGUACCUACAAACUUAGGAGAUGUAGAAGCAAAAAAAUAAGUAUCGAAUAAAAUUAUAUCAGCACAAAUAAUUGAUAACAAGCCUUCCUCUAUUCUAACUUUUGAAGGGGCACCUCAAUCAGUUGAAAAAGCUUUAAAUCAAAAUGAACAAAAGGUAGAAGAAGAUCAAUUUAAUGACAUUGAGAAAAAAAGAGGCAUGAGAAGACCAAGAACAAAAUUCUUUAAAAGAAAUCCUUUCUUACCAAAAGACUAAUAAUAAUCUUUCAUAAAUUUAGAUAAUCCAGAGUCAAAAUAGAAUAGUAACAACCAUCUCAGCAUAUAAAAGAUAAUUAACAUAGGUUCAACUAACAUUUCCUUCAAUAACGAUGCAAGUCCUGUUAAGCUAAUAAAUAAGAAUGCUUCUUCAUCUUCCCCAUAAAGUUGA